AUGCCUAAAAGAAAGCGUACAGAGCCCACUGGCCCCGAUCCUCCCGAACACAUAGCCCACCGCAUCCUCGCUCGCCGCAAAAAGCAAUGCACGCAGCGCAUAGCCGCGGCGCAAAAGCCGCUAGUAGCUGCCCUCCGAGUCGCCGCCGGCCUCGAGCGCCAGAAACACAGUCGCAGGAAGAAGACGGCGCAAGCGAAUAAGGAUGACAAAGCUUCAGCACGUUUGGAAGCGGAGUAUGCACACUUGAAGGGCUUAGAUUUGGAGAAGGUUGCGGAGCAGCAUCUGCGCAAAACGAUUGGGAAAGUUAAGAGCCUAAGGGAAAGCGAGUACAUGCCGGAGAGUGUAGGGGAGGUGGAGAAGGGGAGCAAUGAUCCGGCGUUGCUCAAUGUGAAGGGCAGGUUGUUUAAGGUGGAUGCGGUGCGGAGGGUGGUGGAUGAGACCAUUGAUGAGUUGAAGGAGAUUGUUGGAGUCGGCGCGAAUGGUGCGAAGGCUGAAGGAAAGAAAGAGGAAGACAAGGCCGCGAAGAGUAAGAAGGCGAAGAUACAGGAAGAGGAAGAGGAAGAGGACGAGGACGAGGACGAGGACGAAGAUGCGUGGGCACAGAGCGCGUUGGCACAGAACGAAGAAGACGGGCGCCUUCUUGCAGCUUUUGAUGCACUGAUCGCAGCACCAUCUUCUGCCGAAGACAGCAGUGAGGAUUCACUAUCGGAUGGACACAGGCCACCGAGCGAAGAAGACAUGGCUAGUGAGGACGAGGACGAGGAUGAGGACGCGUUGGCACAGAGCGCACAGGCACAAUUUGAAGAAGACAGGCGCCUUCUCGCAGAUUUUGAUGCACUUAUCGCAGCAUCAUCUUCUGCGGAAGACGACAACGAAGGGACGGAAAGUGGAUUGGUCUCAGACGUCACAGAAAACCAGGAUUCAGACUCUGCAUCUGACUCCGACGAGCCUUCGAUACCCCUUCCUAAAGCCAAACGAAAAGCAGCCGACCCGAAGAUCUCAGCUGACUCCAAGUUCCUCCCCACCCUCAGUCAUCCCACGUACAUAUCCGGCUCUGAAUCCGAAGCUUCCGACAUCGAAGUCGCCCCACGCAAGAACCGCCGCGGCCAGAAAGCGCGACAAAAGAUCUGGGAGCAGAAGUACAAAGACAAGGCGAAACAUGUAAUCAAGCAGGAGCGGGAUCAAGGCUGGGAUGCGAAGCGCGGUGCUGUGGGUGAACGAGGUGGAAGAAAUGGACGGGGUGCACCGGUGCGCGGCAGGGGCCCUGAGGUGAGCGGAGCAAAUGAGCAGCCACUGGGUGUCAAGAAGCCGAAGAGAGAUGAUGCGGGGUCAUUGCAUCCGAGUUGGCAGGCUGCGAAGGCUGCGAAGGAGAAGAAGAUGGACAUGAAGCCUAUGGGUAAGAAGGUCGUGUUCGACUGA